AAAACCGGGUGGUUUGGUUGUUGAUGGAGGGAUCAUCGUCGUCGUCGUCGUCGUCAAAGUACAAAGGCGUGAGGAAGAGGAAAUGGGGGAAAUGGGUAUCAGAGAUAAGGCUUCCCAACAGCAGAGAACGUAUUUGGUUGGGCUCUUACGACACGCCUGAGAAGGCGGCGCGUGCCUUCGACGCUGCUCUCUUCUGCCUCCGAGGCGGCGGCGCCAAGUUCAAUUUCCCCGAUAACCCUCCGACGAUAUCCGGCGGAAGAAACCUGUCACGAUCGGAGAUCCGAGAAGCGGCUGCGAGGUUCGCUAAUAGCUCGGAAGAAAACAUCGUGAGUGAGAAGGAAUCGAUGGAGCAAGAGUCUCCUUCGACGUCGGUGGCGUCUUCGUCGAUGAUGAUGACGAUGGAGAUUGAUUCGGAGUUUUUGAGUAUGCUUCCGAGUGUUGGUUCGGGUAAUUUCGCAUCGGAUUUCGGGUUAUUCCCCGGGUUUGAUGAUUUCUCCGACGAGUAUUCCGGCGAUCGUUUCAGUGAAGAGCUUUCACCUACACGGGGUUAUUACGGGGAAGAGAAUUUCGAUGGAUCGGUGUAUCUUUGGAAUUUUUGAAUUUCAUGAUUCUCUCUCACGGAAAAUCUGAGAUUUUUGUUUUUUUUUCUUGGGAAUGACGCUCUAUCAAAUUUGUUACACUUCGGAUCCAGAAUUUUAACUCGGAUUCGUUUUUUAUACUAUAGCAUGGUGUUCUUUUGUAAUUUGUUCCCCAUUUUUGUGUGGAUCAUUUCGAUAUUGAUUCUUUUUAU